CUCAGGACCGUGGCUGGGAAAAGAUGCUCGGCAAAGAUGCACUGACCACGACAGAGUUUGCCGUCCCUCCUCGGGGCUGUCUGCCCAGCCGCCCCCCUGCUUCUCCUCCUCUGCACUCCUGCGCGGGAAGCGAUCUGGGGUGUCAGAAGAUGAGAUGCCUCAUCUGAUAUCAGAUUGAGUCCUUUGGGCUUGCCCUUCCGGUUGGCUUCAGCCUCUGAUAUUGGGAGCGACCGUGUUACAUUUGUGAAGGUUUUCAUUUCACGGAAGACACUUGGACUGCAGUGGACUCUGGUGAUUUAAAGUCCGGUGUGAGUGGCUGGCUGAUAGCUCUUUGUUUUCCAUAAUCCUUUGACUGGGACAAGAAAUCAGAGUAUUUUAAUCAUGCUGCCCCGCGGGGGUCAGGGAGCCCUUCGCUUUGCGCUGUGUGCCUGGUGGUGUGUAUUUGCACUAUGCUUUAAAGGCUGUGCAGGCUGCGCGUCGGAGGAGAGGCUCUUUCACAAGCUGUUCGCUCAUUAUAACCAGUUCAUCAGGCCCGUGGAGAACGUUUCCGACCCGAUCACUGUGUAUUUUGAAGUGGCCAUCACGCAGCUGGCUGAUGUGGAUGAAGUGAACCAGAUCAUGGAAACCAACCUGUGGCUACGUCACAUCUGGAAUGAUUAUAAGCUGCGUUGGGACCCCAUGGAAUAUGAUGGCAUUGAGACUCUCCGUGUUCCUGCCGAGAUGAUCUGGAAGCCCGACAUCGUUCUCUACAACAAUGCGGUUGGCGACUUCCAAGUUGAAGGCAAGACAAAAGCUCUUCUUAAAUACGAUGGCAUGAUAACCUGGACUCCACCCGCGAUUUUUAAGAGUUCCUGUCCAAUGGACAUCACUUUUUUCCCUUUUGACCAUCAAAAUUGUUCCCUGAAAUUUGGUUCCUGGACUUAUGACAAAGCUGAAAUUGACCUUCUAAUCAUUGGCUCUAAAGUAGACAUGAAUGAAUUUUGGGAGAACAGUGAGUGGGAAAUUGUCGAUGCUUCUGGCUACAAGCAUGACAUAAAGUACAACUGUUGUGAAGAGAUAUACACAGACAUCACCUAUUCUUUCUACAUUAGGAGACUCCCGAUGUUUUACACCAUUAAUCUGAUCAUCCCCUGUCUCUUUAUUUCAUUUCUCACUGUCUUGGUCUUCUACCUUCCUUCUGACUGUGGUGAAAAAGUGACACUUUGCAUUUCAGUACUGCUUUCUCUGACUGUGUUUUUGCUGGUGAUCACAGAAACCAUCCCGUCCACAUCUCUCGUGAUCCCCCUGGUGGGCGAAUACCUGCUCUUCACCAUGAUCUUCGUCACCCUGUCCAUUGUGGUGACGGUGUUUGUAUUGAACAUCCACUAUCGCACCCCGACCACUCACAACAUGCCCACGUGGGUGAAGGCGGUCUUCCUCCGGCUGUUACCCCAGAUCCUGAUGAUGAAGAGGCCUCUGGACAAGAAGAAGGAGACAGGAUCUGAUAGAAACCCCAAAGGAGUCUCCAGUAGGCCUGCCAAAGUCAAGUUUGAUCAUCACAAAGAGCCCAGACUUCUUAAAGAAUGCUGCCACUGUCAUAGAUCCGGUGAAUCCGCCACCAGCAAGAGAAGAUUAAGUCAUCAGCCUUUACAGUGGAUGGCUGAAAACUCGGAGCUCUCGCCUGAAGUCGAAGACGUAAUCGAUAGUGUUCAUUUCAUAGCAGAAAACAUGAAGAACCAAAAUGAAACAAAGGAGGUAGAGGACGACUGGAAAUACGUGGCCAUGGUGGUGGACAGGGUGUUCCUGUGGGUGUUCAUCAUCGUCUGUGUGUUUGGAACUGCAGGGCUGUUUCUCCAGCCGCUCCUGGGGAACACAGGGCAUUCGUAAGGAUGGAUUUUCCCUUCAUCUUCAGAAACGAACAGACACUGUGUUUAUUCCCCCAUCACCAGGAAAUGGAUAGAAAACUUCCCACCAGGUCCACAUCUAGAUAGAAAAAGAGGGCCUUACUGCCAAUGACAAGCCUGGAUGGCCCUCCUUUGGGGGUGCAGAGGGGUGCUUUAAGACCCCAGGGUCUGGGACCUGAUACUGGAGCUCAGAGCUGGCAGCCCCCGCAGGCUUCUCUUGUCUGUACACAUUUGGCUUCUGGGGACGUGAGCGACCCACAGUCCAGUGAGACACGGAACCAAAGUCGAGUCACGCUAAGAGGUGUUCUGCUUCCCCGGUUUAUAUACUUCUUGGUAUAACGACAUCUGCCAGACGUGCGACUUUGGACCUUGGACUUGCCGACACCUGCAGCACCUGUGACCUUGUGUAUGCUUGCUUUCCCAUGCUUGUCUCUGUGACGUGGAGCCCACACUGCGGCAUUAUUUAACGCAGUAACUAGUAAAAAGGAACAUCAGGUAGUCUGUCUACCCUCUGAAAAAAAUCUUAUUGAAGUAUAGUUGAUUUUUAAUGUCGUGUGAGUUUCUGCUACACAGCAAAGUGACUCAGUUGUAUAUACACGCACACACACACGUAUCUGUUCUUUUGCAGAUUCUUCUCCAUUAUGGCUUAUCGUAGGAUAUGAAUAUAGUUCCCUGUGAUGUACAGUAGGAUCUUGUUUACCCAUUCAGUAUAUACUCCAUUUGCUAAUCCCAAAUUCCCAGUCCUUCCCUCCCCCACACCGUUCCCCUGUAUGUAAUUAGAUUCAUCUGGCAAGAGACUUCAGCGGUGACCAGCACUGUGGGAGGCAUGCCGUGGACUCCGAAAUAGGCUCUGUCCACACACUUAGAGCUUUUUAGGAAAAGCCGUGAACACGGAGAUCUCCAGGGCCAGGUGUCACGUGGGGAAUGUCACCACAGCACAGACAGCAGGGUGAGCUCUGGCCGGCAGACCUGGAGCAGCCUUUGCCUUGGGUCCAAACGGUAUCUCAUCUCCUUAGCUGUUUCCACUUGUUUCUGUGUAGCUGAGACUGAAAAUAAAAGUGUUUCUUCUUGAAGGAA